CAUUCUAACCUGAGUUAAAACCCUUUACAACGCAGGGGCAUGGAAAUUUUCAAAAUACAUCGUGUGUAACGGAAAGAUGGAACGACAAAUGCAUUUAAACUAAUACCUCGAUAUAAUCGUUUUCACUAUUUAAAGAAUAUGUGUAAUUCCAAACGAAUAUAUAAUAUUGUAAUCUAAACAUUAUGAUAAUCGUUUAUACAAACAAAGUACAACUACGGCACUUAAGGACCGAGCCUGAGGAACGAGCACAUAGCUACAUAGCUACUAAUAAGCUGAAUUUAUAAUAAAGCUGUGAAAAGGAAUAAUGUACAUCAAAACUCACAGUGUUGGAGGACUAGAAUAAUCGCCAUUCUGUCAAAGUUCAAGAACUUGGAAAGAUGGAAGGGAAAACCUUGUUAAUCCUGAUACUUGUUUUGUUUGUGUAUUCUCUGAUUGGUGGAGCUAUAAUGAUGGCACUAGAACAGUCCAAUGAGGAGACAGCUACAACAGAUAUAACAACUACAUUGUCAACAUUUUUAACCGACCACUCGUCUUGCAUGUCAAACAGUGAAUUAACAGCUUUAUUAACGGAAGUGAGAGCUGCCUAUGAUAGUGGCGUGUUGUCUGUAAACGGAAGUACUACUGCUGCCUCACAGUGGGAUUUCGGGAAUUCACAUUUCUUCGUCCUGACAGCGAUAACUACAAUUGGAUAUGGUAAUCAAACACCAGCAACAAAAGGUGGACAAGCCUUCAUUGUUAUUUUUGCAUUGAUUGGAAUUCCAGUUACAGGGUUGAUGAUUGCAGGACUUGCAGAAAAAAUAAAGAAAUUCUAUAGUUAUUUAAAAACUAAGACAAUACCAUGUUUGGAAAAAUACACCAAAACGGAAAAUGUGUUAAAACAUUUGUUGAUAUAUUUGACCAUUAUUUGUUUACUGAUAUUGAUCCCGUCUGCUAUAUUUUUCACAAUCGAGGGCUGGACAUACGGAGAAGCCAUUUAUUAUAGUUUGAUAACCUUCACAACGAUUGGAUUCGGAGAUUUCGUUGUUGGUACUGAAAAUGAAGGUGGCACAAGAAUUGUUUACAAACUUUUAGUUAUUAUAUGGCUAUUUAUUGGCCUUGCAUGCCUUGUGACACUCAUUGGAGAAUGUACAGACACAUUAAAGGCUUUCACGGAGAAAAAGGAAAAGGAAAAGGUGAAGGAUGGAAGUAACAUCCGGGAUACAGAUACAGAUGUUAACAUAAAGACUGACGUUGUGAAUGGUGAUCUUACAAAAGUGGCGUAAACUUUUCAUAUACAAACUAUGAUUCGUGAGUCUUAUGCUGACUUGACACGUAUAUCUUAUAUGAAAUGGACCCAACCUUCUUUUUCAAUGAAAAUGAGUCUUUCGUCUGGUCUCAAACUAUAUAUUGAUAUAGAUUUAUACUCCAACGAAUGUGAAUCUUGUGACGUGUACUUUGUUAUAAUAUACAUUAAUAAAAAUGUCAAUUCGGGGCAACCGUAGUUUACAUGUGUACUUAUAGCGACAUUAAAGAAGUUUUUUUAUCAAGGUAAAAGCUAAACACUGAAGAAUUCACGCUUACUAACAAAAGUAAACCUUUAAGAGCUUUUUAAGAAGAGGUACUUUGGUCGAUAUGCACCAAACUAUAUCGUAAGUUUAAUAUGUUAACAGUGAUCUUUAAACAUGUUUGAUAUAUGAUUUCAAUGGACAAUUGAGAGUCGAGAGUCGAGUUGAGACAUUAAAAUAUUGGAUCAUGUCAAAAGUGUUAAUUUUAUUAUAAAGCACA